CAGAAAAAAAUAUCUCAUAUAUAAAUCAUUUUGUCUCACCGUCUGGUAAUUGUGUUUGUUGCUCAUAUUUUAGUGAGGUACAAAUAGUAUACAUUUUAACCAAGGAAAUAUACGGUGGCCAAUUAAUUAUCACUAGGAAUACAUUUUAUAUUCAUCAAAGUAGAUAUGAGAAAAUGUAUUAUCUUGUUCUGCAUAUUUGUUUGCAUUGUGCUGGUUAAUUCAAAACCACAUGUUAAUAAAAGCCGCAUUUGGGGACCAGGUAUUGAGUUUGCGGACAAACUUCCUAUGAAUGCAAGAUAUUUUUUCAUUGAACUCAAAGAUAUAGAAGACAAACUGAUCACCGAGCCGGUGAAGUAUGACAUUCGAUUAAAAGGACGAUCUCGAAUUGGUAAUUGUCGCGUACGAAUAGAACAAAUAGAUAGGUACGAUGGGACAGCAUUGAUCCGCUAUAAGCUGAUGGAGACCUGUUGGGACGUAGAGAUUUCAGUCCUUUUUGAGGAUCAACAUCUAGGUGAUUCGCCUUACAAUUUCGACGGCAAAUUGUAUAUUGAAAACUGCAACUGCCCUCAAGGGACAUUGGACCAGUGGCUUCAGCUGAUCGAUUGUCCUGUGAACGAUCCUCAAAUAGAUAAUGAUUUGAUACCGUUUCGAGCCGUGAACUUUUCAAACUUGAGACCCAGAAUCAUUGAACAGUAUGACAAACCAGGAAGCGUCUCACUAUGUAACUAUGUUGUUAAAAAUAACUUGGUUUAUCGAACUUGCUAUGGACGCUACACAGGAUUUAAGAUAUACAUGGAUGCGAUGUUGCUUUCUUUGGCUCGAAAAGCUUUGCUGCCAGACGUGGAGCUGUUUGUGAAUUUGGGCGAUUAUCCACUGGUCACUAAAGGUGGUCAUCGUCGCACUACCGGACCAUAUCCAAUUUUUUCCUGGUGUGGUAGCGAUGAUACAUUCGACAUAGUAAUGCCAACAUAUGACAUCGUUGAAUCCACCCUAGAGGCCAUGAGUCGAGUAUCGUUAGAUAUGCUUUCGGUACAACGAAAAGGUGUUUCGUGGGAACAGAAAAUACCCAAAGCAUUUUGGCGUGGACGAGACGCAUGUCGAGAACGGUUGGAUCUUGUUGGUAUAUCACAAAAGCACUCGGAUCUAAUAAAUGCGUCGUUGACGAAUUUCUUCUUUUUCCGAGACGAGGAAGAAGUUUACGGACCAAAGGUAGCCCACAUUUCGUUUUUCGAAUUCUUCGACUACAGAUAUCAAAUCAACGUCGAUGGAACUGUUGCCGCUUAUAGAUUUCCCUAUCUACUAGGCGGAACGUCGGUUGUUUUCAAACAAGAUUCCAAGUAUUAUGAACAUUUUUAUAGUAAACUGAAAAAGUGGAGGGAAUACGUUCCAUUCGACAAAAAUCUGUCCAAUCUGGUGGAAACUAUUGAAAAGGCCAAAGAGAGUGACGAUGAUAUGCUGCUAAUUAGGGACAAUGCCAAGAUAUUUGCUGAGCAGCAUCUGCUGCCCAAAUCGAUAUUGUGCUAUUCUGCUCUCCUCUUAAGGGACUAUGCAAAGAACAUUGUUAGCCCGAUUCAGAUAUUACCAGGCAUGGAAUUGGCCGAGCAACCAGCUCUCUCAUCAAACUGUGAAUGUGAUUUUAAAGACCAUGCUGAGAAUCACGAUGAACUGUAAUGCAUUACCAUGUUUGUUGGAUUUGACCCUUAAAUGGAUUGAAUUUCGGCAACGUACCAGAUUUAUCAAAAAAAAGUCAACAUGGGGUAUAAAAUAUCCUUGCGAAGUUGAUGCCCAGAAAAACAUGCAUUUAGGGACUAAACAUGAUUUCUUCAGUAAUUACAAAUUUCGAUGGCCAGGCCAUCACAUCAAAGAUCUGAUCAUACAGUGAUACCUCGCGUUAGAAUGGGCAUGUCACAAAACGUGUGUAUGGAUGGUCUUUUGCUAACUGUAUGAUUAGUUUCGUAGAACGAAUUGUUUAUUAUUAAAAAUUGUUUAGAAGUACAAAUUGAUAUGGCUGAGAUGGAGAACCAGUUGAUACCUAUUAAGUUUUUUUGAUUAUGCAGUUUUCAGCCAGUAAGCUGCCUUGUGCCUUGCUCUUAACGUAGGUACAUUCCCCUGUAAUAAGCGGCAAUAAGUAAAUACGAUGAAUGGACCCUUUCUAAACUUUAGUCAAUAUGGAAAUGUCAUCGGAAAUAAGAUCCUCGAUUACUUAUAA